AUGCCCAACCCCCUCAAGGCAAUACAUUCAAGUUUCAACCUCUUGACCUGGGCGCUGGACCACGACCAGGUCCCAAAUGAUAUCCGCCACAGUCUCGAGCUCGUUCGAACAUGCGACUCAGAUCUUCAGCAUCUCAUAGAACUACGUCAAGAAUGUCUCCAUCUUCUUCAGCGCCGCCCAAAGGUUCUUGACCGUGUACACAACAUUAUCGAGUCAGCUCAGAGAGGACUCCAAGAAGUCUGCGAGAUUGUCGAGAGAUGUCGACCAGAGACCGACAGAGGUGGAAAGACUAAAUUUUCGAAACGCAUGGCAUGGGUGCUUGUAGAGGCGAGCGAGUUCAAGAGCCAGGAGCCUAUUGUUAGUCGACAUCAUGCUGCUGUGCUCGCUGAGUUGAACUUUUUGAGACAGAUAGCUCUUUUGGCUCCUGUUCCUGAAACCGUAAGAGCCGAGGACAAGUGUGCUCACAUCAAGAAGCCACCAGUUGUCCAGUCUGUUGAUCCUCCAAAUCCAACGAUAGUUUUCAAUACAAACGCAGAAUCGGCAACAUCGACGACGCCAUCUUCGCUCCAGAUACCUCAGUCUCUUCAUCGAUCAACGAGUUCGCAGACGAUGCAUAUGGAGCAUGCGCCUGAAUCACUGCCGGAACUUGUUCCAGUCAACAUGAACAGCACAGCUCUACCUAAACCUUUCACUUCGAGUGCCACUUACGAUAGUGAGGCCCUCGCAGGUUUGAGUCUGCUUCUAGGAGACCCCUUAGACUGGAGACACUCACCACCUCUGGCACCAGCAAACAAUGGCCCAUUGAGUCGACCAGUGACGGCUCCAUCUCAAAGACGGCCUGCACACUUCAUUCAUAAUGGUUCUGUUCAAAAUAUUGCACUUCAUAGCUAUGAUAGUGUCUCUGAUCCGAGCCAAACUAGCCAGCGAGCAAGCCUCAACUACACUCCUUCACGUCUAUCAUCAAACAUCUCAACCCCUUAUCAUCAGCAACAUUCACUUUCGAUACCCCCAGCAGCCACAAGAUCAGCGUCUCAGCUCCACCAUAUGCCGUCUGGUCACUAUCCAGGGCAACUCACGUGGCCAAAUUCGUCUUCUACGACAAUAUCAUCCAUCUCCUCUGGUUUAACAAGACCUGACUACAGCUACAUACCGCCGAUUGCUGAGCUUGAUAGUUCUCCACACCAUAUGGUUCCCAUUGUUGGUGCGUUGAACCAUCUAAGUCGACCAAACGAGGUGUCAGUGGACCAGAAACUCGCCAUCCAAAUCAACACAACACCUGUCGAACUUCCAGCAGAGGAUAGCCUACCCACAAACAUGAACCCAUAUUCUCAAACUUUCCGUCCGGGGCUUGACAGAAGGGGGCGAGCCAUCAGUCAACCAACAACAACACUACACCAGCAAAUAACGCGGAAACCAACUCUUAGCCAGGGAAAGGAAGUGAUGAAGGAUUAUAAUAAUGUACCAAAAGACUUUGCAACGUGGUAG